AUGGCCACCUGUCAAGCCCUCGUCCUCCACGGCGCAAAAGACCUCCGCUUGGAACCCAGACCGGUCUCGUCUCCCAGUGACGGAGAAGUUCAGAUCGCCAUUCGCUCAACAGGUAUUUGCGGCUCAGACCUGCACUACUACAGCCACGGCCGCAAUGGUGACUUCGUUGUUCGCGAGCCCAUGUGUCUUGGCCACGAAUCUUCCGGCAUCGUCACAGCCAUCGGCCCCAAUGUACACAACCUGAAAGUCGGUGAUCGCGUCGCCCUCGAAGUCGGUCUUCCCUGCCGCAAAUGCGCCCUCUGUUUGUCGAACCCAAGCCGCUACAACCUCUGUCCGGAGAUGAAGUUCCGCAGCUCAGCGAAGAUAUUCCCCCAUCUGGACGGCACGCUCAUGCAACUCACCACCCACCCUGAGAACAUGUGCCAUAAGCUUCCUGAUACUGUUUCGUACGCUGGUGGUGCGCUCGUAGAGCCGUUGGCCGUCUGUUUACACGCUAUCCGCCGCUCGAACCCCCCUGCUCAAUCCUCCCUCCCACCAAACUACAAAAGCACAGCCCUCAUCUUCGGUGCAGGCGCAAUCGGUCUGCUCCUCGCCGGAGCCCUCGCAGCCCAAGAGACAUUCGCGCACAUCGUCAUUGCAGACAUCGAUGACUCACGCCUGAAAAUCGCAUCAACCAUGUCUCUCCCCAACCUUUCCACCUUCCAGAUUCCUAAGCCCUCGACACCGCCUCCCCCGCGCGACGCCCCGCACGCCGAACAAACCGCCUUUGCCCUAUCAAACGCGCAAGCCACGGCCUCUUCACUCAAAUCCGCCAUUUCAUCCCUUGACCCCUCCGGUCUGGGCUUCACUCGCGUUUAUGACUGCACGGGUGUGCCCGCUUGCGUUCAGACCGGGAUUUACGCCGCCUCGCCGGGUUCAGUCCUCGUACAGAUUGGCAUGGGGAACCCCGUGCAGACGUUGCCGGUUGGCGCAGCGGCAUUGCGUGAAGUCGAUAUCAUUGGAGUGUUCCGGUACGAUGGACAUGCGUAUCCGGCCGCAAUUGAGCUGAUGGCGAGUGGGAAGAUGGAUGUUGUUGAAAAGUCUGUUGUGACGCAUCGGCUUGGGUUGCAGGAUGGGAUCAGAGCGUUUGACAUUGCUGGGAAGGGUGUUGAUGAGGGAGGCAGGCCAGUUGUUAAGGUUCUUAUUGAAAGCGAGUCCCCCUAA